AUGGAGACGGUAAAACAAAGGAUUUUGACUCCCGGCAAGGAAGGAUUGAAGAAUUUUGCUGGAAAAUCGCUUGGCCAUCUCUACAGCUAUAAGGUAACUGCGGAUUUGUCUGCCCAGGACCUAAAGCGAGGUGCACACCAAGAUCGCUCCCUUGGUGCUUCUAGCACAGCAAGGAGAGUCCUAGAGAAGAGGCAGAAGCCCGGGGACACCAUCGAGCUGACUGAAGAUGGAAAGCCCACGGAAGUGCCCGAAAAGAAAGCCCCGUUGUGCGACUGUACCUGUUUCGGGCUGCCCCGGAGGUACAUCAUUGCCAUCAUGAGUGGAUUGGGAUUCUGCAUUUCCUUCGGGAUCCGAUGUAAUUUGGGAGUGGCCAUCGUGGAUAUGGUCAAUAACAGCACCAUACACCGAGGAGGAAAAAUUAUUAAAGAGAAAGCGAAGUUUAAUUGGGAUCCCGAAACAGUUGGCAUGAUCCACGGCUCUUUUUUCUGGGGAUACAUAAUCACCCAGAUCCCCGGAGGGUAUAUCUCAUCCCGGCUGGCAGCGAACAGAGUAUUUGGCGCUGCUAUACUGCUGACAUCUUCCCUCAACAUGCUAAUACCAUCUGCAGCCAGGGUGCACUAUGGAUGUGUCAUCUUCGUUAGGAUCUUGCAGGGCCUUGUAGAGGGGGUCACCUACCCUGCCUGCCACGGUAUUUGGAGCAAGUGGGCCCCCCCAUUAGAAAGAAGUAGGUUAGCAACCACUUCCUUUUGUGGUUCCUAUGCAGGAGCUGUCAUUGCAAUGCCUUUAGCUGGGAUUCUAGUGCAAUAUACUGGGUGGUCUUCUGUGUUCUAUGUGUAUGGGAGCUUUGGUAUAGUCUGGUACAUGUUUUGGCUUUUGGUUUCAUAUGAGAGUCCUGCAAAGCAUCCUACAAUCACAGAUGAAGAAAGAAGAUACAUAGAAGAAAGCAUUGGAGAGAGUGCCAACCUCUUAGGUGCAAUGGAAAAAUACAAAACACCAUGGAGAAAAUUUUUUACAUCAAUGCCAGUCUAUGCAAUAAUAGUUGCAAACUUCUGUAGAAGCUGGACUUUUUACUUACUGCUAAUUAGUCAGCCUGCUUACUUUGAGGAAGUGUUUGGAUUUGAAAUAAGCAAGGUUGGUAUCUUAUCUGCUGUACCACAUUUAGUGAUGACAAUUAUUGUUCCUAUUGGGGGACAAAUUGCUGACUUUUUAAGAAGCAGGCAGAUUGUUUCAACGACUAAUGUGAGAAAGAUAAUGAACUGUGGAGGUUUUGGUAUGGAAGCAACUCUUCUUCUUGUGGUGGGAUAUUCACACAGCAAAGGAGUGGCUAUUUCAUUCUUAGUGCUUGCUGUGGGUUUUAGUGGAUUUGCCAUAUCUGGAUUCAAUGUCAACCAUUUAGACAUUGCCCCAAGGUAUGCUAGCAUUUUAAUGGGGAUUUCUAAUGGAGUCGGGACCUUGUCUGGAAUGGUUUGCCCUAUAAUUGUUGGAGCAAUGACAAAGAACAAGACACGUGAAGAAUGGCAGUAUGUCUUCCUUAUUGCUGCUUUAGUACACUAUGGAGGUGUGAUCUUUUAUGGCAUAUUUGCUUCAGGAGAGAAACAACCCUGGGCAGACCCUGAACAGACAAGUGAAGAGAAAUGUGGCUUUAUUCAUGAAGAUGAACUUGCUGAAGAGACAGGGGACAUUACUCAGAAUUAUGUAAAUUAUGGUACCACCAAGUCUUAUGGUGCUACAACCCAGGUCAAUGGUGGCUGGCCUAAUGGCUGGGAGAAAAAAGAGGAAUUUGUACAAGAAGAAGUACAAGACUCAUACAACUACAAGGAAAGAGAUUAUUCAUAACAAACCUAAAUAUUUGGUAAAUUUUGUAGUGUUUGUGAUUAAAUUCAUUGUGAUUGUUUGCACACAGAAAUAAAAUGUGGUAUAAACUUGUAAAACACAUAUCAAACAGGAAAGUCUUACUGUAAAAAAAUACAUCAAAGUGCAAUCUGUAUGAGUUGUGAUGUUAUCACUUUCAUUAGGCUAUAUUUGUUCUAUAAACAUUAGAUUUUUAAGGGUUUACUGGUCAAAACUAUAGAGGCAAGUAGAUACUUUACUGUAUACAAGAGCUAAAACUCGUAAUUAAAGAUUAAAGCACAACUAAGCAACCAAGUUGGCACAUCUAAUGCUCUUUUUAGAAAGCCAAAAUUACUUGAUCAUUAAAAAUGCACUUCUAUAUUUGUUACACUGUAUUGAAAGAGAUUGUGUUAAGGACACACAUUUACUCAGUGCAUAGUAGGAGUUGUGUGUUUAGUCUAGGACAAGAACUUUCUUAAAGAAGAAAAGAUGAGUCCUAGGCAUUUCUGAGGAUUGAUCCAGUUCCUUUAAUAGUAAUUGUAUCAAGCCUAAAGAGCAAAUAGGGCAUAUUGUAUGUUUAUUGUGAUAACAUGCUGCAGGCUACUCUGUGAUAAAGGAAUUAUUUAGGAGUUUUAUACUGAAUGUUUGGGCACAAAUUCUUAUUUCUGUUCUUUACAGAAUCUCAUGAAAUUAUACACAUUGUCAUCUUCCUCCCUGCAUUUAUCAACUAAUAUAAAAACAAUAUAAAAUACUAAGUCUGACUUUUCAGACAGCCUGGCAAAUCCCUUUAUCAAAAAAAACAAGCUUUAUUAUUCUAUUAUUUACAGUAUUUUCUGAAUUUGUACUGGUGUCUUUAGAAAGAGGAAAAAAAAAAACCAAUAUAGCAUAGAAAAAUAUAGUCUUUUACAAAAUUCCAAAGAGAAGUUUACUAUCAGCAAGUAUCCCUAUGAAAAAGGAUGCAUUUGUUUUGAAGAAUAUUUUGAAACCAAUAGAAGAAACAGAAUAAUUUAACCCUUAUCCUUCCCUUAAUAGCUUUCAUAUUUUUACACAUCAUGCCACAGUUGUAUGUAUACAUAGAUAUGUUUAUUGAAGAUACUGUAAUUAUAGAAAUUGUUGUUAUUUUAGAAAUCCCUGAAAUAAAAGAUGUAUUUGUCUUUCAAUCAAACCUAAAAAUGGACACAGAAUAUGAGUAACAUAAAAGCUCACAAUAAACCAAAGUGGUAAAUAACUAGUGUUGGGUUGAAAGAAGCCAACAAGCAUUAUGCUUGUCUUUUUAGCAUAACUCAACAGUGACUGCAACAUUAGUGUACCAAGCAAUAAGUGCAAUGCAUUAUGAAGUGCAUAAUCUUCUAGAUGAUAUAUUAACCUUCAUUUAGCUUGUUGUAUAUACUUGGGGUUGUUGGGAUUGAACCAAACUGAACCAACUGAAGUUCACAACACCAGACCACUUCUUAAUACUCUAAAAUGACAACAAUGAUCCGUUUCUUAAUUCAAUCAAAUGAUUAUUAUUGUACGUAAUAAUCCAUUCUGGAUUCUUGGUCUGCUCAUUGUACUGUGCUAGUGAUUGGAAACCCUGCUACCGCAAUAUACAACUUGAGGAUUGUUUUUUCUCUUUUUUUUAAAUGCAAAUCAUACCUUGACUUUAAGAAAAGAAGUAUUUUGCUUUGUGCCUCAAAGUGAUGUAAAACGUGACCAUAGCUUUUGCUGUGUUUAAUGAAAAGAAUGUGGACUGUGUCACUUUUGUUGCUGCAUAAAGUGUUAAUAAAAUGCUCUAUUUAUCCUUUUAUAUAAAAAAGA